GUUCUGCGGAAGUGAUAGGCGGUAAUCUGAGCCAAUAGGAGAAGGGAGAGCGCGGCUUGACUCCACCCCUUGCAUUCGGGCGUGACCCAGUUAGUUCCAGGGCGCCUGCUGCUGCUGCUACUCUGCUUGCUCUUCUUCCAAAAACCUCAGGACACCGACAAACUUCUCUGGCAGGAGGCGUUACGUGGGCAGGAAACUGAAGUCGAGUCGCUUCGGUUUCUUAUCUCUUAGCUGCUCGCCCUUUCAGUUCGGCUUGAUUUUGUUUCCUCGCUGCUCUCUCCUGUCAUACGUGUUCUCCUGCUUUGACUUGACUCAGUUCUUAUUUUUUUCUUUUCUUGUUCUCACACACCCCGUACGCCGUACUGGACUAAAACCAAAGAAGAGCCGAAAAUGGGACUGCACCCUUUGGAGUUUAGUGAUUGCUAUCUGGAUAGCCCUAAGUUCCGGGAAAGAAUCCGCGCUCACGAGCUGGAACUGGAAAAGACCAACAGGUUUAUCAAGGAGCUUCAGAAAGAUGGGAAAAACCUCUUCGCUGCCACCAAGAAUAUCAUCGCAGCUCAACGCAAGUUUGCCCAGUCUCUCUCUGACUUUAAAUUUGAGUACAUUGGAGAUGCCAAGACUGACGACGAGAAGUGCAUUGAUGAAUCUCUUCAUGAAUUUUCUGUCUUCCUCAAAAAUCUUGAGGACCAAAGAGAAAUUAUGAUGAUCAACAUCAAUGAAACACUUCUAAAGCCUCUGGAGAAAUUUCGAAAGGAGCAGCUGGGAGCAGCCAAGGAAGAAAGGAAGAAAUACGAGAAAGAAACAGAGAAGUACUACACAGCCUUGGACAAGCUUCUCAAUUUGUCAGCCAAGAAGAAGGACCAACAGCUCCAGGAGGCAGACAUCCAGGUGGAGCAGAUGAGGCAUCAUUUUCACGAGGAGUCCCUGGAGUACGUCUACAAACUGCAAGAGAUCCAGGAAAGGAAGAAGUUUGAAUGUGUGGAGCCUAUGGUGGCAUUUUUCCAGGGCGUCUUCACCUUCUACCAUCAGGGCUAUGAACUGGCGAAUGAUUUCAACCAUUACAAAACCGAACUGCAGAUCAACAUCCAGAACACACGAAAUCGCUUCGAAGGCACCCGAUCUGAAGUGAUUGAGCUGAAGAAUAAAGUCAAACAGAAUCCCCAAGAGCACCUGCAGACGAGCCGUCUUUGCAACGAGGGCUAUUUGUAUGUGCAGGAAAAAAGGCCUCCACCGUUUGGCUCCAGCUGGGUUAAGAAGUACUGCACUUACAUGAAAGAGCAGAAAAUCUUCAACAUGUUUUCCUUUGACCCUCGAUCUGGUGGGAAGAUGGGUGAGCCGGAGUCUGUCAUUUUGAAAUCCUGUACAAAGAAGCCCAUGGACUCCAUUGACAGGAGGUUUUGCUUGGAGAUCGAAGUCACAGACCGACAAGGACUCGUCAUCACUGUCCAGGCUUUGUCUGAAGAGGACCGAAAGCAGUGGAUGGAGGCGAUGGGUGGCAAGGAGUCUGUGAGCACCCUUUGCCGAACCUAUGCAAAAAGAGAAGGAAUUGAGGCCCACCUGAAUGAAGUCGGCUUUUCACUCGUGAAGAACUGCAUCCGCGCUGUCGAGUCAAGAGGGAUUAAGGAUCAGGGGCUGUACAGGGUUGUUGGUGUCAGCUCCCGGGUUCAAAAACUGCUGAACAUUUUAAUUGAUGAGAAGAGCUACACAGAGGUGGAUCUUUCAGCCUCAGAAGAUUGGGAAAUUAAGACCGUGACCAGCGCUCUGAAGCAGUACUUGCGGAGCCUCCCUGAGCCGCUGAUGACGUACGGUUUAUACAAAGAAUUCAUCGUCCCUGCCAAAUGCGGAACUCCUGAGUCCAGAGUGCACGCCAUCCAUUAUUUGGUGCAUAAACUUCUAGAAGAAAACCGAGAGAUGCUGGAUAUGCUGAUACGACACCUAGCCAAAGUUUCAGAAAACUGCAAAGAGAAUUUAAUGACAGUUGCAAACUUAGGUGUCGUGUUUGGGCCGACCUUAAUGAGAUCUGAGGAAGAGACAGUGGCAGCAAUCAUGGACCUCAAGUUCCAGAACAUUGUGGUAGAAAUUCUAAUAGAAAAUUAUGAGACGAUUUUCAAGACUGUUCCCAAUAGCUCCUGCACAGCAGCCCUCUCCUCCUCACCUUCUGCUCCUCCCCGGCUCUCGAGGAGGCAGAGUCAGCGCCAGAACAGACCCUUGGCUGUGUAUAACCCACAAAUGGAGCUUCAACCAGUUGAAUGCCCAAAUUCUGUGAGAGAAGACACUCUAGUGGACAGCACUGAGUCCGUGUCCUCGCAUUCUUCUAAUGCCACAACAUCCUCUGCAUCUGGCAGCCCACCAGAGAAGGCAAAGAACCGUCGGCGCUCCAGUGCUGGGGAGUUCUUCGAUUUGGACAGUCACUCCUUCAUUUCCUGGCUGAAUAUCCCGUCACCAACCUCACCUGCCUCUCCAAAUGAGAACUUCCUCUUUAUGUCAACAAACGUCCAAGAUGACAAGUCAAGUCAAAGGGACGUCUGCCGGAGAGCACGAGCAAAGUUUUCUUGUGAGGCUGGACAUAGCUCCGAGCUGUCAUUCCAAGUGGGGGCCAUAUUUGAAGACGUUGUGACAUCGAAGGAGCCGGGCUGGCUAGAAGGAAGUCUUAGUGGAAGGAGAGGCCUCAUCCCUGAGAACUACGUGGAGUUCCUAUAGCUGGCAGACCUGAGCCCGUCUAUUAUACAUGGUAUCCAUGAUCUACAGUAUGGCCGCAUUUGUUCAUUUUCUCUGUUUGCCCCUUUCUGUAUAUAUUGUAUAAGAUGCCAACCUCAGGAAUCGCAGUACACCUCACCAGAUACACGAGAGAGGAGAGAAUCGGCACAGUGGAUGUACAGGAUAGACAGAUAAAGUGAGGGUACAGUGCAUGGUAUGGUGUAUUAUGGGGUACACAGUAUACAGUAUGCACCAUAUAGUCUAUCACCCACCGCACAUCGUCACAGUAUACACCGUACUGUAGCUGGUGGUCAUGCAUAUGGCACAGUAAAUGGUAUACCACAGCAUGUAUGUAUGUACUGUGUGGCCGUUGGUCCUACUGUGUAUGUGGUGCGUAGAGCAGUGCCAACAGUAAGUCACACUGCAGCUGGCGAUGAUUUGUAUGACAUAUAGUGUACAGUAAAGAGUAUAUCAUGGUAAGCACAGGACAGACGAGACUGCACUUGGUGAUACGGCGUACCGCACACAGCGUACCACGGAGUGGAGAAGAAGGCAGGAUUUACUGUACUGCAGCUGGUGAGGGUGUACAGCAAACUGUACGUCACAGUGUUUACAGCUCUAUACAGUAUGAUGGAAAGGUGACACAGUGUGUAUACAGUAUAGAGUGUAGAGCAAAUGAUAUAUAGUACAGUAUAUACAGUAUAGACUAGAAUACAGGUGGGGACACAGUGUGUAUGGUAUAUAGUGUAUAACAAACUAUAUAGUACAGUAUGUACAGUAUAGACUUUAAUACAGGUGGGGACACAGUGUGUAUGGUAUAUAGUGUAUAACAAACUAUAUAGUACAGUAUGUACAGUAUAGACUAGAAUACAGGUGGGGACACAGUGUGUAUGGUAUAUAGUGUAUAACAAAUGAUAUAUAGUACAGUAUGUACAGUAUAGACUAUAAUACAGGUGGGGACACAGUGUGUAUGGUAUAUAGUGUAUAACAAAUGAUAUAUAGUACAGUAUGUACAGUAUAGACUUUAAUACAGGUGGGGACACAGUGUGUAUGGUAUAUAGUAUACAACAAACUAUAUAGUACAGUAUGUACAGUAUAGACUUUAAUACAGGUGGGGACACAGUGUGUAUGGUAUAUAGUGUACAACAAACUAUAUAGUACAGUAUGUACAGUAUAGACUAGAAUACAGGUGGGGACACAGUGUGUAUGGUAUAUAGUGUAUAACAAACUAUAUAGUACAGUAUGUACAGUAUAGACUAGAAUACAGGUGGGGACACAGUGUGUAUGGUAUAUAGUGUAUAACAAACUAUAUAGUACAGUAUGUACAGUAUAGACUAGAAUACAGGUGGGGACACAGUGUGUAUGGUAUAUAGUGUAUAACAAAUGAUAUAUAGUACAGUAUGUACAGUAUAGACUAUAAUACAGGUGGUGACACAGUGUGUAUGGUAUAUAAUGUACAACAAACAGUAUAUCAACAUAUAUACAGUAUAUGCCAUGUGGUGACAGUGUAUAUACUGUACAAUAAAUGAUAUAUAGUACAGUAUAUGCCAUUUUACAGGUAGUGACACAGUGUAUAUAAUGUACAACAAACUAUAUAUAGUACAGUGUAUGCCCUAUUACAGGUGGUGACACGGUGUGUGUGUGCGUGGUACGUAGUGUACAGCCCACCCACCAUAUGUGCAGCAUAUCCCAUAUGACAGUUGGUGACGCAGUGUACGUGAUGUAUAAAUGACAUUCUAUAAUAUGUGGAGCGUGGAGUAGAGCAGAGGUCAAGCCGUGUGUCGUAUGCCCAGGGCGCACUUCAUUGCAGUUGGUGAUGCGGUGUUUUGUGUGCAGGACUGACGACCCUUGACUUGGCCAUAGAGGUGUGUGUGUGUGUGUGUGUGUGUGUGUGUGUGUGUGUGGUGGGCAAGUGGGCCGCUGAUGUGUCUCAUGGCUUUCCCUCCGGAGUCUGCCCGGCUCACUGGAGAGGAGGCCGCUGUGCCAGAGCUCUUCAGGCAGUGUACACACUGUCUGUCUGACAGACGUCACCUUUGUGUCAUCGUCACCUGGGCUAACUUAACUGUAGUGCGGUGGUCUGUUCCUGUUGCCCGGUGACUGACGUACAACAGGACAUCGCACACAGUGUGUAUUGUGACACCCCUGUGUCUAAUUUGGUAGGGUGUUGAUCGUAUACAGUAAAGGGGCUCAGUGUGAGGUCUGCCAGACUGUGCCAUGUGGCACCCACUCUUGGUGGUGUGCGGGUGAUGCCGCUGUAUGCACUACUGUAUACUGUCUACUGUAUUUAUAUUUAGGAGGGUGAGAGCAGCUAGAGAGCCAACCACUGGAAAUUGUCACUGUUGUCAUUGUCAUUAAUGUGACAUUUUUGUUUUUAAUUUUUUUUUUUUUUUAUGCUGAUAAGCUAACUUGAUUGGGGGGGUCGAGUUGAAAAGCAAAAUCUAAACGAUUCUUAUUUUAAAUCUGAAGUUUCUGCAUGACUUUUUUUUUUUUACCUAAUUUUAAACCUUUUAUGUUAAAAUAUGUAAAUAAAUAAAUUAAAAUGUCAAAUGUUACAAAAAUUCUGUAUGUGUAAAGGAAGUCCAGCUGAAUGUAAUGACAUCUGUGCUGCUUGUCUGACGCGACUUCACAUUGGCUGAGGUGACGCCAUCGUUCAAGAGCGCAGGAGGAGGUCCCACCAGGUGGCACCGUGUCUUGAAUGGCCGCUGAGAGCCCACCGUCUGACUCUUGGCAUUGACAUUUGUCACCUUUUGGGCCGGUGAAGGCCCUGCACAGAGCGUUGGCAUGCUCACUCCAUUAAGCACCCUGGCACACGUGGCACAGCGGGCCUCCCUCUCGGCUCAGGUCCCUACCGUGGUUUGAGGAGCAGCAACUGGAAAGACUGGGAAUGUUUAAAAAGCAGGAAAGGAGCCUCACGCUGCAGACAGAAGUUUGGAUCGGUGGCCUUGACACCAUGACAUUGGGACACUGGGACAGACUGGACGCUUCUCGAAAUCUGGAUGGGUGUUUAUGCGAGUGUGUGUGCGUCACGCAAGGGGUCUGAGAUUUAGGAGCUCAGCAGGAUUGUGCCAUUUCACAGGGCACCGCUGCCAAACACCUCGUCUCCUUAGGCCUUCCGGGGUCUUCACACUGCUCUGCACGCUACACAGGGGGCGCCUGCUCAGUGUUUACGGAGAUUUUAAGACUAAGCCUUGUCUGAUGAAAGCGUCACAAAUGAAGCAAACGCUAGUGUGUGCUGUUAAUGUACAGUGUCACCUUUGGUGACGUCCGAGUGGCUGUGUCUAUGCCAAUAAAGUGACUUUGUCCAUCUUA